AAACCAAAACAUCAGGGAGUAAAAUGGCUAUUUUUAAAGGUUUGGGGCAAAACUGUUAAAGCGAUCAAACCACAGGGAGCAGAACGGAAGUUUACUCUUCAGAAACCGUAUAUUUAAAAAAUGUACUUUAGUUUGGUCAAUGGAUCAAGAGGUCCAGAAUCAUGGAACUCGGUACCUACUAAAUCUAACAGUCAUGAUUUGUUUGACUCACUCCAACAUUUUGGUAUCGCUGAUGAUUUCUUUUACCAGAGUUAAGAACUUAUUCCCAGAAAUUAUGUAAAAAAAGUUGCAACUGGUUGCCGGUUGUUAAUCAAAGUCAACUUAACUUCAACUCUCACAAGUCAAACAAACAUGAUGGUAUAAAGUCUACUGAACAUAAAAGGUUGUUCUCAACACUUGGGGAUUAAUGAGCUUUUGGAGGGUAUUUCUGGUACUUCACAUCAUCACAUGGUGUGUUUUCAGCAUCUAAAAGAAGUAAACCAGUGAAUUCUACAUGGGAAAUGAGCUCAUUAAAAAUUGUUUUGUAUAGAUGAUAACCUGGUUUGCCAUUUGUGGAUGACUAAAGGUCAUGGAAAGAACCGUUUAAACACAGCUCAUUACAAAUUGUUUUGAUACAUGCAUGUUUGUGGGAUUUACAAAAAAGAUAAAUUCAUGUUCUUUUUCAUUUUUUGGAAGUUGGAAUUGGUCAAUUUAAAUGUUGAAAAAGAGUUUUGUUUAUUUUAGUGUUAUUGGAGUGGAAGUUGUUGAACUGGUAUUGUAGUUUAUCAUGGCCAUGCUCUGUUUGGUUGCAGUAGUUGCAGGAAACUUCAUCAGAGCAAUACAUACUUUAGCAAUACAUGGUUUCUUCUUGUGGUCAGAAGCUGCAAAUCUCGAUUCACAAUGUGUAUGCCAUGGGGAAAGUGAAGAUGUGGCAUUUGAUAUAGAAACGGCUACGAAGGUGAUAAAGAAUAGAGAUUUAACAAAAACCACGGAGUGUGGUGAUUUUGUCUUAUGGCAGAUAAACCCUGAUAUGUGGUAUGUUGAGCUUACGCUUGGUGCAAGCAAGGUUCAGCCAGUUGCAAUGGGCGGCCUGUGUGGCGGCACACACCCUGGCUUGGUGCGUAUGCUGCCAAAUGGUCUGUUAGACCCUUGCGCCGUGCUCUUCAGGCCUGGAACCCGAAUAACAGCAAGCAUGUUCACAAAUGCAAGAUGCAUGGGUGAGGAGAAAGUCGACUGAUUAUGAGCAAUUUUGCUUGAAAUUGUUAAUACUUAUGUGGAUUGAGCCUCUGACCUGUUUCUCGGUCAAGAAGAGUUCUAUCAAGUCAGCUCAAGAAGAGUUCUAGCAUCAAGUCAGAGUUUUUCUCUUAACAUCACUAUGCUAACAUCGCCGCAACGUGUGGCAUUUUGUGCUGCUUACUGAUUGAACAAGUUGAAAUGUGUUUGAUUUGAAUCUAAAUAGCAAUAGCAAAUCUAAAAAGUAAAAAUUAAAGUUAAAACUCUAAUAUUAUGUCUUUUUCACAUAAAUAGAUGAGAUCCUUUCCACAUAACACGUCUUGACGAUGUUGUUUCUUCCUUCGUUGCCCGCGCUGCAACGCGCGCGAAGCAAUAUCCUAGUAAGUAACUAGUUUACAACUAAAUGGGUUGCAUAAUAUGAAGAGGCCCACAGAAAGAAAACGUGAACCAAUGAGGAAUAAAAGAAGUUUGGGCCGACGAGUUAUGAAAAGGGAAUUCGAUCAGUUUUGAAAAGGCAAUGUAAUAAAUAUGUUUAAUCUAACUUAUGAACCGUGCUAAAGAACCUAAACAUGUUUUUAUUAUUUUACUUGUGGAUAAUUUGAAUACGCGGGUUUAUGUUUAGGUUUUGUUUUGGAGAAAAGAUUAGUCUUUGUUAACUUUGUUUUAUGGAUCUCAUAUUGUACGAAUGGAUUUUCAUUGAGACGACAACCUAGCAUGUGUUGUUUUUCUAUCACAAGUUGUGAGGUUAAUAUGGUA